UGCGGGGCCAACAACUACACGGACUGGGCCAACAUCAAGCAGUUCCAGGCCAACGACACCGUGCCCAGGUCAUGCUGCCGCGUCAACACCACCACCUGCAACGUCCACCCCACCCCUGAGACCGUCUAUGAGAAGGGCUGCCAGGAGAGCAUCGAGGUGUGGCUGAAGAAGAACAUCCUGGUCGUGGCUGCGGUGGCUCUGGGCAUCGCCUUCUUCGAGAUCCUGGGCAUCAUCUUUGCCUGCUGCCUCAUGAGGGGCAUCCGCAGCGGCUACGAGGUCAUGUAGCCACCCCGACACCCCCAGGGGGGCUCUGGGGUCCUGGGGGGUCCCCCUCAGCUCUGCUGGGGCAGGGUCCACAUGCCAGCUCCCCCCGGGGGUCCCUCAGGGCCGGGAGGUGUCCCCGGGUGUGGAAAUAAAGAGAAAAAGCUUCUGUAGA